GGAGACCAAGGGGUAGACUAUGAAACCUUUAAGAGGAAGUGCACAGGUAAGCUCCUUCCCGAUGGCUUUGGCACACAGGGAGGGAAAGAUGGGAGAAAACGUGGGGGAAAUAGAAUUGGUGCUGCUUCCCCUGUCCUGCACGGUUGGGUUUCCUGCCGCCACGGAGCGCAACUCCCCGAAGUCCAUAGUCCAACCACUCCUUUGUUUCACCCCCAGACUUAUGGUCCCUGGGGCUUUUUCCACCCUUUUGCACAGUUUCUCAUUGCUUCUCCGCCACCUCCAAGACAAAAGCUUUGACUACCAAGAGUCCCAUUGUUCGCCACCGCGUUUUCAAAGCGUGACCUCUUGCCGACGAGCAAAAAACCGUUCCAUUUUGGUGCCUAAAAAAUGCAGCCAUACAGCUUAUUUUGCAACGAGUGUAUCCUGCACAUUGCAUUCCUGGUGCUAACGUAGCCUCGUGCUUGCUCAGAUCUUUUAAGAAGGUGAAAUGUGAGCAGUGGUGCUGCCCCAAACAAUGCGCUGCGAACAGUCGGCUGUGGCACUGCACGACCCACCCGUGGGGCUCCGGGUUUUAACGUGGCAGCUGAUUGUUCCACUGUCGGAUGUGGGUUAUCAACGGGAGAAACAAAGCCCGGGGAAAAGCAAAGACAAACAGACAGAUGAUGUUCGAUUGUUUGGCUUCGUCCGAUUCACCACCGGUGAUGCCAUGAGCAAGCGAGUCAAGUUUGCCCUCAUCACCUGGAUUGGAGAGGAUGUCAGCGGCCUGCAGAGAGCCAAAACCGGGACCGACAAGACUCUGGUGAAAGAAGUAGUACAGAACUUUGCCAAAGAAUUUGUGAUCAGCGACCACAAAGAGCUGGAUGAGGACUACAUCAAGAACGAGCUGAAGAAGGCCGGGGGGGCUAAUUACGAUGCACAGACUGAGUAACCACAGGAACCUCCUGGCACCAACACCCGGAUCUCCAAGGGAGGGGGAAGGCACAGCAAACUAACACAGCUGAGAGAUGAGGCAGCUGAGCCCCCAGCUUUCUGUGUGCACACCUCAGAACUCCCUUUCUCUGAACACAGCGGACUUCUAUUUUCCAUUCCAUCUCAUCAAACGUUCCUCUCUGGGGUUCUGUUUUUUUUGUUUCCCCUCUUCCCCCAUUUUUUUUUAACUCAUAACUCUUUCUAUGUUCUCGCAUCUGUGGAAUUUAGGUUUCGCUCUGCUUUGGUCCAUAUUCAGCACUGUGUUUGUAGCAGCUUGCCAUCCUGUCCUUCUUCAUCUGCAUGCGUGUAUGUAUGUAUUAUUUAGUUGGGCUCAACCUCUGAAGGGAGAAAGUUCUGGGGGAGUUGUGAUCAUGGAUUCUUUUCUUAGUUUUUUCCAGUUGGUUCUCACUGAUACUUUUGGGAGUGAUGUUUUUGUCUGAUUUGGGCUCAGGUUGAACACGAGUUGAGUGCACUCCAACUUUGGUUAAAUUGUCUAAGCUUCAGCAUCCAGCUCAGAAGUAAUCUAGCAGCUUACAAAACAAAGCGAACAAACAGCAAACCUUCAUCUCUUAAUAAAUGGGAAUAAAUUUGCCUUAAACACUGCUUGACAGUUGCUAUGCUACGUGCUACAUCUCUACCCCUCCCUCUUAAAAAUAAGAUCCAGCAUGAUCCGAAUGUGGGGGUUUUGUUCUUUAUUGGAGGUAUCAUGGCACAGUAAACUGGGGGGGGCUUAGAAACGUCUGGACAUUUGUUCACUAUUUUAUGUACUUUGGUCUCUGGGUUUGUAUUUGACUUUCCAAAUGCUGGGGCUCAGGAGGUGAAACUGAAACAUGUAGGUUUCCUUUUGAACGUCUGCAUAAAUGGCAGCCGCUGAAUCCUCGCAGCCUUCUCUGCCUGUGAGCCCAUCUUUGCAGCUCAACCCAACAGCCUCAGCGAUGUGGGGCCGCAGGCAGUGCCCCCUGCACUGUGACCGAGGGAUGGAGCACGGAGCUCUGUCCCAGCCGGGCUGAGACACCCAACAGCGCAGGCUCAGGGAUGACCUGGGCACAGUUUGUUUGGUACCAAACUGUCAGUUUGGGGGCUUCUCUGUAUGGCUUUCUUUCUUUUAUUCCAUCCAAGGUAAUGGUCCCCAGAAUCGUGUGUAGGGGAAAACUGUUGUAGUGAGGCUUGGAAGUCAGCGCUAUAAACCCAUUAUGGAAAUAAAUGUUUUUCAAGAACA